AUGGAAGGACCCAACGGGGAAAUCGAGUGGGAGAGAGAGCGACUAGGUCCAGAGUUAAUGGACGGGACUCCUUUCCUGAGCCCUCAUCAGCAUCCUCUUUGGAAGGGUUUCAUGGAUACCCAUGAGAUAACUGCUCAAAGAUUUCCCCCUUCCAACCGAACUCUGAUUUUGGAGCAGUACAAAGUCCUCGAGCGUUUAACAGAAGAGACGGGAGAAUCCUCUACUCCGUAUAAGGCGGAAAAGGCUAAGCACAUAGAGGUGAAUCUUCAUGAGCCGACUUACUAUUGCAACGGACGGCCUCAAAUUGACAUGCCUGAUAGGAUGAGAGAUGUAUUUCUUGAGUAUGAAUGGAAAGUUCCGAUGACAAUGGAGGAGGAUAAUGCUCUGGUGAAAGAAAUUAAACAUCUAAAGGGGGAGGAGCGCAGGUUGAAAGGUGUCAUUAAAGUGUUGGAGGAAGAUAAGGAAGCGAUGCAGGUUCAAUGGAAUGAGAUAUGCAGACGAGUUCUUCGAAGAACUAUUGAUGAUUAUCUGGACGAUUCUCAGCACAUACUGAAACAUGGCCCUUCACCUGCUCAGACGCAACCGGCAGCAAAGAAACUGAAAGCAGAAAAAUCUUUCGAGCAGACAAGCGUUGCCACAACUCCAAAUAUUUCUCCCGCUGAUAGGAGUAGAUCCCUCUUGGCCAUGGUACUUGAGCGGGGCCUAUCAGCUGCCGGGGAGAAACCAUUACAUUUGUCCUCUGGUCUGCUGACCAAGGGUGCCCCGGAGAAGCGUCUUAAGGCACGGGUCGCAUUUAAGGCAGGAGUGAAUCCAAAGCAAAGUAAAUCCUUGAUUACUGACUCGAGGCAUUCUGUCACAAAUACGCCGAUUGGUUCUUCUCCUCCCAAGUCUUCAGGAAAAGCAAGACAAUUUGUUCUUGGACAGCCUGAUUUCACAGGGACAAUGGCUUUGUCCCAUAAACUUCACCCUCACCUCUACUCUCUCGCUAGAAAGUCUAAAUACUUUGCGUUGAUGAAAUUUGGUGUUGUCCCUCCCAAACGUGGUAUUGUAACUUCACCGGAAUAUUCUCAAGCUGAGAGGUUCUUCACCCUGAUCCUUUGGAGGAACGAGGUCACUUUCUUCCGAGAUCCAGGAUAUGCAAAUGGGGACGCCGUGCCUCUGACUCAAACUGCUCUGGGUGAGACAACAUUGAGCGAACUCUGUAAUAUUACCUUAGGACAUCUUGCCCAGCGUAACCCUGCGAUAAAGCAGAAACAAUUGCAGAGUGCAAUUCGAGAGCCAUUUCAAUACACUAGCAUCCGGGAGUUAGCUGACGAUUUAAUUAAGAAGAGGUUGAGAUGCAGCAGCGAAAAUCUUGCUCAGAAACCUUUGGAGGAGCAGAACGGAGACAUAAACUCAGAAGCUGUCGCUGAUAUCCUGGCCAAACAAGAAUCCACAUUUCGAGAAUUGACGGAUCUUUUCAAGAAAUAUGAUUCUGUGAUGUUGGCAAAGGCCCUGUACAAUUAUGAAGCCACGUCCUGUGGAUGA